GGAGCCGGGUGAUCUCGAGAUCGAGCGGGUCAGGCUCAGCGUUGGCCACUCUGUCGGUCCGCUGAAUGAAGUGCCCGCCCCGCUGAGCCCCGAGCCCGGCGCUUUCCCCGCAAGAUGGACGGUUUCGCCGGCAGCCUCGAUGAUAGUAUUUCUGCUGCCAGUACUUCCGACGUUCAAGAUCGCCUCUCAGCUCUUGAGCUACGAGUUCAACAACAAGAAGAUGAAAUCACUGUGCUAAAGGCAGCUUUGGCUGAUGUUUCAAGGCGUCUUGCAAUCUCUGAAGAUCAUGUGGCCUCAGUGAAAAAAUCAGUCCCAACUAAAGGCCAGGUAGGCCUUCGAGAAGCUAUUUCCAUGUCCUGUAUAACCAAUGGAAGUGUUGCGAACAGAAAGCCAAGUCACACCAGCUCUGUCUCAAUUGCAAGAAAAGAAACUCUUUCAUCUGCUGCUAAAAGUGGUACAGGAAAAAAGAAAGAAAAACCACAAGGACAGAGAGAAAAAAAAGAGGAAUCUCAUUCUAAUGAUCAAAGUCCACAAAUUCAAGCCUCACCUUCUCCCCAGCCCUCUUCACAGCCUCUCCAAAUACACAGGCAGACUCCAGAAAGCAAGAAUUCUACUCCCACCAAAAGCAUAAAACGACCACCACUAACAGUCGAAAAGUCACAUAAUUCAUGGGAAAAUUCAGAUGAUAGUCGUAAUAAAUUGUUGAGAACAGCUUCAACAUCAAAAUUAAUAUCAAAAGUCAUAAAAAAUACAGACAAGCAUAAAGAUGUCAUCAUCAACCAAGCAAAAAUGUCAACUCGUGAAAAAAACAGCCAAGAAGGAGAAUAUAUUAAAAUGUUUAUGCGAGGUCGACCAAUUACAAUGUUCAUUCCUUCUGAUGUUGACAACUAUGAUGACAUCAGAACGGAACUGCCUCCUGAGAAGCUCAAACUGGAGUGGGUAUAUGGUUAUCGAGGAAAAGACUGUCGAGCUAAUGUUUACCUUCUUCCUACCGGGGAGAUAGUUUAUUUCAUUGCAUCAGUAGUAGUGCUAUUUAACUACGAGGAGAGAACUCAGCGACACUACCUGGGCCAUACAGACUGUGUGAAAUGCCUCGCUAUACAUCCUGACAAGAUCAGAAUUGCAACUGGACAGAUAGCUGGAGUGGACAAAGAUGGGAGGCCUCUGCAACCCCAUGUCAGAGUGUGGGAUUCAGUUAGUCUUUCUACACUGCAAAUUAUUGGACUUGGAACUUUCGAGCGUGGAGUAGGUUGCCUGGAUUUUUCAAAAGCAGAUUCAGGUGUUCAUUUGUGUGUUAUCGAUGACUCCAAUGAGCAUAUGCUUACUGUAUGGGACUGGCAGAAAAAGUCAAAAGGAGCAGAAAUAAAGACAACAAAUGAAGUUGUUCUGGCUGUGGAGUUCCACCCAACAGAUGCAAAUACCAUAAUAACAUCUGGCAAAUCUCAUAUUUUUUUCUGGACCUGGAGUGGCAAUUCACUAACAAGAAAACAGGGAAUUUUUGGGAAAUAUGAAAAACCAAAAUUUGUGCAGUGCUUAGCGUUCUUGGGGAACGGAGAUGUUAUUACUGGAGACUCAGGUGGAGUCAUGCUGAUCUGGAGCAAAACUACUGUAGAGCCCACGCCUGGGAAAGGACCCAAAGGUGUAUAUCAAAUCAGCAAACAAAUCAAAGCUCAUGAUGGCAGUGUGUUCACACUUUGUCAGAUGAGAAAUGGGAUGUUAUUAACUGGAGGAGGUAAAGACAGAAAAAUAAUUCUGUGGGAUCAUGAUCUGAAUCCUGAAAGAGAAAUAGAGGUUCCCGAUCAGUAUGGCACCAUCAGAGCUGUAGCAGAAGGAAAGGCAGAUCAAUUUUUAGUAGGCACAUCACGAAACUUCAUUUUACGGGGGACAUUUAAUGAUGGCUUCCAAAUAGAAGUACAGGGUCAUACAGAUGAACUUUGGGGUCUUGCCACACAUCCCUUUAAGGAUUUGCUCUUGACAUGUGCUCAGGACAGGCAGGUGUGCAUGUGGAACUCCGCAGAACACAGGCUGGAGUGGACCAGGCUCGUAGAUGAACCAGGACACUGUGCAGAUUUCCAUCCCAGUGGCACAGUGGUGGCCAUAGGAACGCACUCAGGCAGGUGGUUCGUUCUGGAUGCAGAAACCAGGGACCUAGUGUCUAUCCACACGGAUGGGAAUGAACAGCUUUCUGUGAUGCGCUACACAGUGGAUGGUACCUUGCUGGCCGUGGGAUCUCAUGACAACUUUAUUUACCUCUAUGCGGUCUCGGAAAAUGGAAGGAAGUACAGCCGAUAUGGAAAGUGCACUGGACAUUCCAGCUACAUCACACACCUUGACUGGUCCCCAGACAACACGUAUAUCAUGUCUAACUCGGGAGACUAUGAGAUACUGUACUGGAACAUUCCAGAAGGCUGCAAAUUAAUCAGGAACCGGUCGGAGUGUAAGGACAUUGAUUGGACGACUUACACCUGUGUGCUAGGCUUCCAGGUCUUUGGGGUCUGGCCAGAAGGAUCCGACGGGACAGAUAUCAAUGCACUGGUGCGCUCCCACAACAGGAGGGUGAUAGCUGUUGCUGACGACUUCUGUAAAGUCCACCUGUUUCAGUAUCCCUGCUCUAAAGCAAAGGCUCCCAGUCACAAGUACAGUGCCCACAGCAGCCAUGUCACCAAUGUCAGUUUUACUUACAAUGACAGUCACCUGAUUUCAACCGGUGGAAAAGACAUGAGCAUCAUUCAGUGGAAACUUGUGGAGAAGUUACCUUUGCCUCAGAAUGAGACUGUGGCGGAUACCACUCUAACCAAAGCCCCCACCUCUACCAUUGAAAAUGCCAUCCAGUCUAAUACCCCGACGCCACCACCUUCCCAGCCCUUACACGAGACAGCUGAAGAGGAAAGACUGAGUAGUUCGCCCACACUUCUGGAGAACAGCCUGGAGCAGACUGUGGAGCCGAGCGAAGACCACAGCGAGGAGCAGAGCGAAGGGGGCAGUGAAGACCUCGGUGAGCCUGUGGACGAAGACCCACCCAGUGAGACAAGGGAGGAGCAGAGUGAAGCCACUCUUCCCGAGGACCGGCAGGACGCUUCACCCCUGUCCUAACGCCUAAUGGCUAAUGGCUUCAGUUCAGCGUUUCCUCCCCUAACUGCGUGUGCCUGUGGCAAAGUUCAGAUAACAGGAUGGGCAGUGAUGACGCAUCACUGUCAGGCAACAUUGCGGUUUCCACGUCAUCUGUUGUCUUUUCUUCAGUUUCUCAAAUGCAGCUGGCCUUAAAGCUUCAGGUUGGUGUGCGUUGGAAAUUAACCCAACUUAAUAGCAGGAGAAGAUGGAAAUAGGAAUUAUGUCUUGGAAAUUACUGUGCACAAGCAGCGUGAUGUAAAUACUGGAAACGAAGACAGCAGACACGUUGAUUGACAUGGAACCCCUUGUUAUUGGACACGUUUUCUUCAGGAACCAUCAGACGCAUCACAAACACUGUUACUCAUCUGGCUCAGACCAUGCUUUUUUUUCUUGAUGCAGAAAAAGAAACGAGAAAAAAAAAACGAAAAUGUGCUCUUAUUGAGACAUCCUCCCACCCCAAAUGUCUGAUGGAAAUUUUUUAAUUAAGAAAAACUUCAGUAUUGCCAAGUGCAAUGGUGUUGCCUUCUUGAAUGCCAUUUCUUACACUACCAGUAUCCAGAUGUGCUUGUUAGUCUACUACAUAGGUGCUGCCUUUUCUAAGUCAUAACGACAAACAGUCCCUUAAUUUCGUGUGUACACAUCUGCUUUAUCCUAGAACUAAGAAAAGCAUUGGUUUGUUAAAGAAUUUUUGGUGUGUAUUAAACCCUUGAUACUCAGAAAGGAUGGAUUCCUUCAAGGAGUCAUUCUACUGCCUGAACACACCCGGAUGUUUGGCAGUCAAGUGGAUGGAGGGAAAUAAAACCACAUGCCUUUAAAACUAAACUGUAACAGUCACCUGGAUAGUUUUAGCGUAGCCUUCAUCAUAAUCUGUUCCCUCAAUAAUAAGAGAACUAUAAAUACAGUAAGUUGAAAUGAUUGAAUUGGUGCUUGAAAUUCAUUGGUUUAGUUGUAAUUUUAAUACAAAUGAAUUAUACUGAGGGAUAAGGUAUUCAGCAAAUUGCAAAUUCUUUUUUACAGAAGUGUGAAUAAUAGUCACAGAAACUUUUUAUAAAGUGCGUACUUAAAAGACUGAUUAUAUGUGGUAAUUUUUUUCUGGUGGAGUUGCCAUAGCCUUGCAAGUCUAAUGUGGUAUCUUCUGCUAUUUGGGGCAAUGCAUGUAGUAUUAUGCAUUGGGAAGUUGGUUUUUUUAAGUUUUAUCUGACAACUGUUUUUAAGUACAUGUUCCUACUUUUAAAUAAUUACUGACAAAUAUGCAUUUCCUAUAUAUUUGUUUAUACUUUGAUUAUAAAAAUUUCUGUUUUUAUUUUUUAUCUUGCUGCGUUUUGAUACUUUUUUUUUUGGUCAGAUCAUGUUUAGAAACUUUGAAUGAGUUCAGAAGUCUUAAGUAUGUAAGUGUUUACGUGAUUGUGCCAUUCCAAAGUGCAUCAGAACUGUCAUUCCCUUCUAGUAUCUUCUCAGGAGUAAUACAAAUCAGGUAUUUCAUCAUCAUUUGGUAAUAUGAAAACUCCAGUGAACUCCCAAGGACACUUACAACAUUAUAUUCACACGCUGUGUGGAAGGGUGUGGGUGUGUGUGAAGGGUGAGUGGACACUUACUCUGUGUGCGUGUAUGUCCUAUCUAGAUAAGAUAUGCACAUCGAAAAUACUCAGUGUAGAUCUUUGUGUGUAUAGAUAUAUGUCCGUGUAUAUCUCUUCUGUUUACAACGUUUCAAAAAAUAAAAACCUCAAAGUAGUCCUCUUCAAAAGAAGAGAGACAAGAUUCCAAGCAACCCAACUUUUUUCAGUAUGUUCUGUACACAGUGAUCAGAGAGCACCAGUAAGGACCAGGCGUCGUCUCCCUGCCUGUGUGCAGCGAGAUGAAGUCCUCGGGUCGGCACGUGCUAUUCCCCACAAGAAAACUACUAGGAGAUGAACAAGCGAUUGGAGAAGAGCAUUUCGUUAAGAACCUGGGGAGUGCGGCUCUCUGUGAUAAGCAGGGAAUUUAUUGGGCGACAUCACUCACCUUUGGGGUUGCCAUGUACAAUGAGAUUUAUAAUCGUGAUACUCUUGGGUGGUAGUUUCAAAAGACACUACUAAUACGCAGAAAGCGUUCCAGCUCUCUACUGCUGGCAACUACUGUUUAAUGGUCAGUUCAAUCUGUGAUAAUGGAAGUGGGUGGGAUUUUGAAAUUGUAGAUGUUUUUAGAAAAACAUGUGAAUGAAAAUGAAUCCAAGUGUUUCAUGUGAAGAUGUUGAGCCAUUUCUAUCAUGCAUUCCUGUCUCAUGGCAGAAAAUUUUGAAGAUUAAAAAAUAAAACAAUCAAAAUGUUU